AUGUUUCGACAACCGCCUCGACGUCCUCAACUGCUUCCAAGAACUAGCGGGACAGACUUGUCUUGUCAGUCCAUAAGCUCGCCGGAUUCAGGCUAUGGUUCAGCAGGUGAAGUCUUUGAGUUCUGCCCGAAUCUCCGAAAACGAUGUUUUCCUUCUUUCGAUGGCUCAAGCCCGGAUGAAAUUCUAAUCAAAUCGAUUGAAAACCAAGAGCAAAAACCGCCAGCAUCAGGCAAAACAAGGCUCGCGGCCGAGCCUCCCAAAACACCAGAAAGGCGUCAUCCAAAAGGGAAGGCUGAUGUGAUUUCUCCUUUUUUAUACUCAAAAUUCUCUAGACGUUUGCCUCUCCAAGACAAACGCAUUGACCCAAACAUACAGCAUCUAGACAGAUACGUCCCGAGACGUGAUCCCAUUUCCCCAUCAUCCGAGAGAUAUCGAACAACAAAGCAAAGCCAGGAUUUAUCGAGAGAUGAGCGUCUGAAGCGUGACAAGAGUGCCUCAGCAGAUCCAUUCGUUCUAAAGCGUCGUGUGAUGGACCCUGAUCCCCGUUUUCCUUUUCGAGUUGACGAUAGUCAUCUGGACAGAGGUAUAGCUCUUGGCCAACUACCACAGAACCGAGGAGGAGAUCGUCAGGUUAGUAUGGGAGCCAUGUGGUCGGUUGGUGGUCUUGCGCCUAAUGCAAUCGCUACCGAUGAUGGACAGGGGCAUCUCGUCAGACGUGGGACCAACGCUCGUGUGUUUCCCACCCUCUUCCAGGAAAGUCUUGUCAGCACGUCAGUCGAGAAGGAGAAGCACGAAGGCCGCAUCGCUUCGGCUCUCAACAUUGACCAGGUACGAAAGAUCCUCGAGUUCGCACGGGCUCAGCAAAUCCCUCAAAGCCUCAAACAGCAUGGUCUUCAUACGGACUUUAGUCACACAAGUUGGAAUGGAUAUCAGUGGGUCAACAAAGAGGAGUGGUCAAUUCCUCUUAGGCCAGCAAAGAGGCGUCUCCUACCGGCUGCUCCAUUCAGGUUGUUGACGUCGGUUGCCUUCUCAUCAACUCCUGGAGGUAAAGCUGUGCUUGGGAUUGGACACUCGAACGGGAGUGUGCUUUUCCAAUCUCUCUUUGACACACUACCACGAUUCGAGGUUCGCCAGACUUUUCCUAUUUCCUGUGUGAGCUGGCGCCCAGCUUGUACUCUGCGACCUUCCAAGAACCCCAUGAAUCUAGGGGUCGAAGUUCUGACGGAGGACUUGGUAGUUGGGGAUGAGAUGGGCAAUAUCUACUACUACGUUGUGGAAUGGCCGAUAGGCUGGGAAGUCACGCGGGACACUUGGUCCGGUGCGGUAUCGUUGGUAGCCAAGAUCAGCAAUAUUCACUGUCAGCAAGUAUGCGGUCUUGCAUGGUCAUAUGAUGGUCGUCUAUUCGCCUCGGGGGGGAACGACAAUCUCUGCUGUCUUUUCGAUGCUGAUCAAGUCUCUGGACGGCGAACUGAGCAAGCCCCCGGGGUAAAUGGUCAUCGAGGGCGCAUUGAGGCGGGCAGCGCGUAUGGUGGCAUUGAGACAAGAGUUACACGGCUGUUGAGCGUCGAUGGGGACGACGAUAUGCCUGUGAGGGCGUUCAGGGCACAGCUACAGCCACUUCCGACUGGAACUGACACCGUUCGGUAUCUUGGCCCUGCUAUUGCGAAGCAUCAUUGGAACCACGAUGCUGCUGUGAAAGCCAUUGCUUUCUGCCCCUGGAGGCGAGAGUUGGUGGCAACAGGAGGUGGCUCUAACGACAAGUGCAUACACUUCUUCCAUACGCCAUCCGGAGCAGCUCUCGCAACGAUAUCAGUGUCUGCCCAGGUAACCUCGCUCAUCUGGAACACAACGCGCAGAGAGAUUGCCGCCACAUUCGGGUACGCUUCACCAGAACACCCCUAUCGUGUCAGCGUUUUCAGUUGGCCGGAGUGCAAACAGGUUGCAGCAAUUCCUUGGGAGGACGACCUGCGGGCCUUGUAUGCCAUCUCAUACCCUCGAGGGCCGACCUCUGAGGACCCAACUGCACCAGUAGGAGGCAAGGAAGGGUGCAUUAUUGUUGCAUCGAGUGACAAGAGCAUAAAGUUUCAUGAAGUAUGGUCGCGAGAACGAGGCGUGACCGUGGGCGCCACGGGUAUUCUAGCAGGAAGCGAUAUCCUGGAGGGGCUUGAAGGCAUUGACAAAGAAGGAGACGUAAUCCGAUGA